AUGGAGAAAUUAAGGUUGCCUGAGGGAGUGGUUAGAUUUGAUUCCAAGGAAUUGGGCACAAGCGGCUCCGUGUUUCCGCGGAUGCUUGUGCCUCCACCGUCGCCGUAUGGAUCUCUCGACCCAGCCUCGGUCGCUGCAGAUGUCAUCUUCAUCCAAUCCAAGGGCAAGGGCCUCCUAAAUCUGGUCAGAGCCUUAGACUGA